GAGGUGGGCCGCCCGAGGCAAGCAGCAACAACAAGGCAGCCGCGGGGUCGGCCGGGUAGAGAAGACGCACUCACAGUCGCACUCCCCGAGUAUAUCUCUUAUACCUUUGCCAUCAAGGUGCCCACUUCCAACUUCCCGUUAAAUGGUGACGCGUAAAACGAAUGAAAACGCGCGGCACUUCUGAUCGCAACGGUAAGUAAAGUGCGCCCAUAAUUUAUCGCGCUAGAUUCGAGGUUGUCCACGCCCUCUCGUCCGCUUUUGGUAGACUCUAUACCGACUCCUGCCUGAAGGCGCCUGGCGACGGACGAGUGGGCAUCCCGCUCGCGCGCCUGUAUUGCGGUACAGUCUGUGCCUGCGCGGCAUAUUCGCCAGCAAGCCACCAAACACCAGGUAUUUUGGAUUUUAUUUUUUAUUUUUUCGUUAGCCUGUUGCUUUGCUUCCGGUGUGUGACGGCGGCCCCGUUGGUCGCGGUGCAUCCCCGGGCCCGGCCCGGCGGCGCGCAGAAGGCCUGCACCGUUAUGGAGUCGCCCGUUUGGCGUCGCCCCUCCGCGUCAUGCGAUGCGGCGCUUCAGAAGAAGAAAAAAAUCCCGGUGUACGCAAUUCCGAUGUGCGCCUAAGGCCGCAAUGAGUUUUGUGGCGGUCCCCGGUCGCUCUCGUGGGUCGAGAGGGUUCAUACCCCUUACUUAUAACACGUGGUCAACAUUUCUUUUGCCUCCCAAACGCGCAUUGCUUUUAUCGUGAAUGUCCAGUCCCGUGUUCAGUUUGAUCCCGGUGGCCUUGGCUGCCUGCACCGACGCAGGCGGGGCUUGAGACGUCACUGUUCGACAAACCGGCAGGCCUCUGCAUCCUCGCGGACCUGACCCCUGACCUGGUCGCCCGUUUGUCGGCGUCGUCGGGGUGAUUCGGUCGCCGAGGCGCGGAUUCGCAUUUCGCGUGACGCCAGUCGCGGCCCGGCCAUGACGCGAGCCUGUGUCCUCCUACUACAACUCGGCGUGAUCGCGGCCGUCGCAGGCGUCGUCCCGGACGCCUGCCCGGACGCGCCCACGCCCGGGUUGGCCCUGGGCGCGCCCUGUCACCACAAGGAGCUCAACGUGACGGGCGAGUGCCGCGGGGCGUGGAGCUGCCCCCAGGUGCGCAGGCAGAAGGCCGCCGACCGCCGGUACUGCGCGCAGCUCUGCGCGCCCCGGGCGGUGUGCUGCCCGCCGCCCCCGCCGCCGCCCCCGGCCUGGCUGGACGCGUUCCGCCGGCCGCCCCCGUGCGCCGAGCCCCUCGCGCGAGCGUCGCCAGAGACGGACAACAUCCUCGCCUGGACCGACGAGCUGAGGGACCAGCAGUGCGAGAUGCCACCCGCAUACGACACGGAGCAGUGGAUACCCACCCCCGACGUCCCAGCGAACGCGUCCGUCGUCGAGAGGAAGUGUCUGGCGUUCCAGUUGUUGGAGUUCAUGCUAGAUGAGGUCCUUGCAGUAGCCACCCUUCCUGGGCAGCCCUAUUUCUGCAAGCGCUGGUGUUUCAGUGAUAGGGCGGUGGCGUUCGUCAGCGGAGGCCAGGACGCCGUCGAGCUCGAGUUCCCGCACAUGGCCCUCUUCCUGGACGACAGAGACGAGGCGUACUGCUCGGGGACCCUGAUCUCGGAGUCCUUCGUGCUGACGGCCGCGCACUGCGCCGUGCCCUCCCGGGUGGUGCUGGGCCUGCUGCGGAUCAGCGACCGGGCCGGGGAGCACGUGAGGGAGGUGAGGCGCGUGGCGGAGCACAUCGUGCACCCCGACUUCUACCGGUCGGGCGGCGCGCACUCGGACAUCGCGCUGCUGCGCCUGGGGGAGCGCGUGCGCUUCACCCCCCACGUCCGGCCCGCGUGCCUGUACACGGGGGACGACGCGCACCUCCAGGAGGCCGUCGUCACUGGCUGGGGGUACCAGCAGUACGACUCGGGCGAAGGAGUGGCCGCUCAGAGCAAGGUGACCAGCGAUGCUCUGCAGAAGGCGGCGGUGAACGUCACGAAGUGCCCGGAGGAGCUGGGCACCGAUAUCCCCCACGAGAAGCACAUCUGCGCGCUCGGCAAGAAGGACAGUCAGGAGGCGUUCUCCGACGCCUGCCAGGGCGACUCCGGGGGCCCGCUGCAGGUGAUGACGGCCGGCGGCCCCGGCAGGUGCUCCUACCGCGUGGUGGCCGUCGUGUCCAGGGGCCGCGGCUGCGGCACGAACCUCCCGGGCCUCUACACCAGCGUGUCCAAGUUCGCCGACUGGAUCCAGAGCUGGGUGUGGCCGUGCGAGAAGUGACCCAGCCCAGACGUGACCACGAGACAACCCCCCUCCCCCCUUACCCUCGUAAAACCACCCCUAUUUGUAAUACCAAUUUUUCAUCAAAAAACUAGAAAGCUAACCAAACUACCAAUUCUACUUUUUUGUAAUUACGCAUUCUUUGACAUUAUAAAACACAUGAAGUGUGAAGACUAUUUUGCCAAUAUAAUGAUUGUUAGUUUUA